CACGGGCUGGACUCAGAGCAACUCGAGAGAUGUAAUGGGAGUGGCUACAGCGCUUUGUACUGGUCGACAGGUUCUCCGUUCAUGCGACUGACCGUUUGAUGAACUCGUAGUGUUCGCGCAACCGUUUCGGGUUUCAUUCUAUCUAGCACCGGUCAAUAGCCAUGCAGAUGGAGUACCACAGCCGGAGGCCCGACACCCGGAAUCCAAGUUCAGGCUAUGCUCUCGGCAGUUUCCCAGCUUUACUUCGCCUAGCCGGCGGCAUCCUUCGACAACCUGCUCGAAGAGUACAAAGCGAAGACUCAAGAUAUCACAGGCUUGCACUCUGUCCUGUUCUCCACCUAUAGAGCUGCCCAUGGUCCGUUGCAUCGGUGAUCGGAUUGAAGCCUACUAUCAUGCGGAGGGGAACCUCAUCAAUCCCGUACUCACAGGUUUUCCCUUUGCCCUCGCGCGCAAAUCGCAUAUCGACCCGUUCCAGUACGUGCUGGUGUCUACCUGGGGCCCGAGCGCCUUUGAAGUCUGCUACGUCACUACCCUUAACUCCACUUCACCCGCCGAGCUCUCUCCCCAUGGGAAGCCACUGUUGUGGGUUGUUCCGGACAUCGAGAUGACGCCGUCGCGAGUACCUGGCGGUACGCUUGACGCGCUGCUCGCUAUCAAUUACAAACGCCCCCCGCUGCGUUUGACAGGCGGUAUGCGGUUGGACGCGCGUGCGCCGGGAGGGCGGGCACUGCAGGCGGAGGUAUUGCUCGAGGAGGACGCCCUGCUUCGAGUAUGCUGCUACUGUGGCUGCGUGGAGCGGGCAAAUCAUAGCACCCAGUUCGAGAGGUGCGGUGGGCGCGGCUACAACUCCCUGUACUGGUGCCUUGAGUCUGCUACGUCACUACCCUUUAACUCCACUUCACCCGCCGAGCUCUCUCCCCAUGGGAAGCCACUGUUGUGGGUUGUUCCGGACAUCGAGAUGACGCCGUCGCGAGUACCUGGCGGUACGCUUGACGCGCUGCUCGCUAUCAAUUACAAACGCCCCCCGCUGCGUUUGACAGGCGGUAUGCGGUUGGACGCGCGUGCGCCGGGAGGGCGGGCACUGCAGGCGGAGGUAUUGCUCGAGGAGGACGCCCUGCUUCGAUUCGAGAGGUGCGGUGGGCGCGGCUACAACUCCCUGUACUGGUGCCUUGAG